GGGAUUUCCACAACAAAGCUCUUGCCAGUUGAGUCAAAAUGAAGGCUCUAUUUUGGCUUUACCAUGUUUUGUGUUUUGCUUGCUACUGCUAUGCUGUGCCCCAAGUGCCAAGAAUGAGUGUAUAUACAAGCUCAUUGACUGGAAAUAUAUCACCAAUGAAUAGCUACAUUGAUAUACCAUGGUUGGCAUCUAUGCCUGGAAAUUGCCAGGGUAUUGUCCUGACUCCAUGGCUGAUUCUUUCUACAGCUAACUGUCUGAAGAAAUCGAAACCGUUACGCCUGGACAUUUCAGGAGUAAAUGAUCCAGAAAGUAUUCCACAUGGCCAAAGAAUCUGCCUCCAUCCAAAGUUUAAUCUCAAAGAUGAAAAUGACCCAGUGAAAGCAGAUAUUGGCUUGGUCAUUUUUGAAGAGCCUAUCUAUGGGGAUGAAAUACCACUAUCUCAGUCCACUAAUAUAUCCUUGAAGAGUUGUUCUAAGUGCCAAUACAAAAGCUGUUAUGUGUAUGAAUAUCAGAGUAGCAAGAAGCUUGGAACCACCAGAGUAAAGAAGAUAGAUGUGCAGCUGCUAGAUUUCUCAACAUGCCACCACCAACAUUCCUAUCUAGAGAAGACUGUGGGCUUGUGUAUUCAGAGUCAACCACGGGAAGAUUGCUGGAUACAGAGAGCCAGUCCUGUCCUAUGCCUCCUAAAGAACCACUGGGAACUAGUGGGUCUCAUACAUAAGACUUCAAGGAUAUGUCAAAAUCCCACAGUCAUCACUAGAACAGCUCCUUACUUUUCCUGGAUAAAACGAUUCAUCAAAGCAGGACCUUCAAAGCCAAGAUCUUCUCCCAGAUAUGAUAAUAUAUGUUCUGGUGCUUUUCUUUUGGAUUGCAGUAAGUGGAAGUCUAUAGGGAAACAGACAACUUACUGCUAUAAAGAACCAAACGAUUCUGCCAAUGUGCAUCCUGUAAAUACAGAUAACAUCACUAAAAAAAAAAUCAGGAACAUAAAAAAUACUUUUAAAGCUGGAGAACUGAAUGAGGGCCUGACUCUGGUGGUUAAGGAUGCUGUCAAAAGACUUCAAGCCAAAUCCUCUGACCUAGAGGUCAGGGAAUUUCAUUUUAUCAAAAGGAAAUUUGCCAGGAUAUACAGGCCCUUAUUGGAGAAAAGAUCCCAGAUCAUCAGUGUCUUACAUGAACCUACAAAAGAAUAUGAGUGCUACCUGUGA